AUGCAAACGGGUCUGCUCUUUUCCAAUGCUUCCACCAUCUGCGUUUCAGAAGAGAAAUACUACAAUGAACUUGAGAACAGGUCCGAAUUGAAUUCAAACAACCGCGAUCAUUCUCAACAUGAAGAAUAUUUAACGAUCUGCAAGGUACCUCCCAUCGGAAAUGAUCAUUCCAAUGACGUAAUUUCAUCAUGGCGUUCCCAAAACACCAAAGAGAUCAUUCCGAAGAGAAACGCUUCAGCCAUCCUCCCACAUGAAGAUGAUCCGUUCGCUGCAGAUCUGUUGGCAGAGGUUGAGGAGGAGAGUGGUGUUUUUUUCGAUGCUAUUUCCAAACAAUUUAAAAAGAAGAAGACCACGAAAAAGAAUGCCUCCACAAGUUCCAAUAAGAAGCAGCUAGCUGUUGUCAUGGAGAUGAAUGGUCUGGGGAUGCGUUUGGAGAACUCGGCAAGUGGUGCUGCUCCCGUCUCGAUUAAGCACGUAGCUUUGGGAUAUAAUCAUAUUGUUCUCAUGACGGAUGGUAAUACAGAAAUUCCAAAUAAUUCAUUAGAUUUUCAUCCUCCAAUGAUGAAGAAGGACCAACGUCCAUCAUCUCCAUUUUCUUUUAGGCUUUUUGGCCUCGGAAGCAAUGUGGACGGCCAACUUUCAUUUGAGAAAAUCAAUCAAAGUAUUUACCCUGGAAAAGAAAUGGAAUCAGUCUAUAAGGCUUUCCAACAAGAUCAUGAUGAGGAGGUGAAGAAAGAAAAAAAGAAUUGCACAAAAUCUUCCACUCGCCCUAGUUAUCUUUCAACUCUGAACAUUUCGGAUAUUGGAUGCACUCAUUCAUUUACCUUAUUUCUAACUUCAGAAGGAAAAGUAUUUUCAGCUGGAAAGGAUCAAAUGGAUAACAGAAGACAAAACUAUGAAGUAUUGAGAUUAAGCGGCACAGAACAUGUUCGAGUUGAAAAGAUGUCGUGCUCUCAUUAUCACGUUCUAUUCCUUGGUACUUGUAUCCACUCUGGAAAACGAGUAGUCAUGGGAUUUGGAAGUUCAAAAGCACAUCAAUUAGCACAAUCUGGAGAAUAUUUGAGAACUGCAUCGGAAAUUCAUGUUCUAAGCUCCACUACCGAUGAAGUGGUAGACGUUCGAGCUGGUACCCAGUUUUCCUUUUUUCUCACCAAGAAAGGGUUUUUAUAUUCGUGUGGCAAAAAUUCCCAUCAACAACAAGGAAAACCAAAAUCAUAUGUAUAUAUUAUGGAUAUUAUGAAAAUUACGACGAAGGAAUUUAAUUACAAUGCUUUCAAGAUUAGCUCGAUAUGUUGUGGCACCAAUUUUUCUUGCAUUGUCACACAAAAUGGAAAGGCCUUUACCACCAUCAAGCCGGCACAUACAUCAGUUGGAGAAAAUAAGGAGCACGGGUUCUUUGAGGUAGAAUAUUUCACAACGAAUAACAUUCACAUUAAGAAGGCCUUUGCCACAAUGAUGGGCCUAAUUUUCCAAACCUCCAAUGACACCUUGUUCUUUGCCGAGGUGAAAGAAGUUGUCAACAAUUCGUCAUCAUUUGUAAAGGCAUUGUCUAUGGGACGGCCAAAGCUGAUAUUAUUCGACAAGUACAACGUUUCCAAAAAGAAGAUAUUUUGCUCCCCUGAUUCCGAUAAUUUCUUAAUUAUGAAUCUCAGGUCCACCCAUAUGGAAGACUUUGUUUCAAACCUCAAAUCUUCGACGUCCUUCUUUUCAGAUUUGUCCUUCUCAUGGUGA